AUGGGGCCUCAGCGAAGCCGAAAUCAGGCUGCAGCGGGUUUCCCCUCUCGUGAGGACCUAAAGAGAGCCUGUACCAAACCACUGGGGAGGAGCGGUGGCUACAGCCCUGCAAGUGCUAGAGCUGAGAGUGGAGCUCAGCUGAAGAUGGAGCUAGCAACAGAGCCUAUGUUUUCUCAACUCCAGGAGGCUGCGAAAAGUGAGAUUGCAGGAGGACCUUGUGCAGCAGAGACCUGCAUUCUGAGUGAAAAUGAAGAAAACGAGGCAGAGAGGGGCAUCCAGGAAGCCCUCGAUCAGGACAUGUUGCCUCAGCCACCUGAUGCCCACAGUCUGGACUGGAGGGCAGCCAGUCUUCAAAAGCCACAGAGGGUGAGGUGCAAUAAGCUCACUCGCCAAGCAGGAGGCUUCAAGAAACUAACUGCCCUUGUUAAUCACCAGAAAGCGCACACUGAAGAUAAACCCUUCAGAUGUGCAGAAUGUGGGAGGGGGUUCAAAGGGAGUUCUACUCUCUUGAAUCAUCUGAAAAUCCACACUGGAGAAAAUGCUUUUGAAUGUUUAGAGUGUGGAAAGAGCUUUAACAGGAAGGCCAACCUUGUAGUGCAUGAAAAAGUUCACAGAGGAGAGAGGCCCUACAAAUGCAAAGAGUGCGAGAAGAGUUUUGGCCGUAGUUCAAAUCUUAUUGCUCACUAUAAAACCCAUGCAAAAAAGAAAGUCUUUUCCUGCGGCAUAUGCAGCAAAAGUUUCAGUGGAAGCUCAGCUCUCUUCCAGCAUCAGAGAAUCCAUAUGGAUGAAAAGCCUUACCGUUGUGCUGAGUGUGGAAACAGCUUCUGUCUAUGCUCAAACUUCAUCGAACAUCAAAAAAUUCAUUUGAGAGAGAGACACAGUGAAGACAUAGCAGAUGCAAAUCGUUCUGAAUUUAUAUCUCUGCAUCAUAAAGAACAGCAAAGGCGUGACACAGAGAAACUUGAGAUGGACCGCUGGAAUCUCAUUUUUGAAGAGCUGAAGAAAAUGAGAGAAAACAUGGAUAUGUUGCUUCUGAAUCAGCAAAGUCAGCUGCAGGUCCUGCAAGAAAUUCAGAAACAACUGAAUAUACUCCUCCCAGGCAACGAUCUCAUUAAUUCCAAUGUCUAUAGUUUAGGACUACUGCUAGGACGGCAGGCAGCUGCAGUUGCAUCUCUUUCUUUUCCCCUUCUUAAUCCUAGCAGUCUCCUUACUGAAAAUGCCCCUCUUCUCUCCCGUUUGUCUGCUCCUGAAAUUCUCUCUGUCUCACAGCUCACAGGCUCUCAGUUUCAUGCAACUUCUACAACUUCUUGA